CUUCUCUCCUUCAUUCUCUACAAAUUACUCUUUUUCUUCGCUCCUUUCCUCUCUCUUUCUCCCUCUCCCUCUUUCUCUUUCUCGCGCUCUUUCUUUUCUCUUUCCUCGCACAUCGAUCUACCCUCCUCCUCAUACACUGCUCAACUCAAAAGUCAAGUUUAAGACUUCAAGAAAAAAAAAAAUGGCUACUGCACCUUCCGCUAUCAAUAACAACAAUGUCAAUACCAGUAACAAUGACUAUGAUAUCCAUGACCAUGAUGAUCAGCAUCAUGGAGGCGAAGGCAACGGUGGUGAGGGAUUCGAUGCAGAGGCUCCUCUAACCUUGCGUGCCUUAGUCUCGACAAAGGAAGCUGGAGUCAUCAUUGGUAAAGGAGGAAAAAAUGUGGCUGAUCUUCGAGACCAAACUGGUGUCAAAGCUGGCGUCUCCAAGGUGGUUCAGGGUGUUCACGAUCGCGUCUUGACUGUUACUGGCACCAUUGAAGGUGUUGCCAAGGCCUUCUCGCUCAUCGCCCAGACGUUGCUUGAGAAUCCUAUCACCUCUUCACCUCCUACAACUCCAGUUAACCCUCUGCGACCUGUUGCUCAGACAUCAUCAAUUCGAUUGUUGAUCUCACACAACCUUAUGGGCACCAUUAUCGGCCGCCAGGGCCUCAAGAUUAAGCACAUCCAGGACACUUCCUCGGCUCGCAUGGUUGCUUCCAAAGAAAUGUUGCCUCAGUCCACAGAGCGUGUGGUUGAAGUUCAAGGAACGGUUGAUGCAAUCCGUAUCGCUAUCUAUGAAAUUGGCAAGUGUCUUGUAGACGAUUGGGAGCGUGGUCAGGGCACAGUGCUGUAUAACCCCUCGGCAACAACACGUGUAGGUGCCGGUGGACCUGGAAUGGGUGGCUAUGGAUCUAUGAAUUCUGCGGGUGGUGGUGGCGGCGGUGGAUCACGCUCUUCAAACUCCAAUUAUACAUCUCGUACCGGUAAUGGCUCGGAUUUCACUCGCAAUCGUCCCGAAGCCUUCGGAGGCGCACCUGCUAACAAUGCUAACCUUCGGACGCAGGAGAUUUCGAUCCCCGCAGACAUGGUGGGAUGCAUCAUUGGCAAAGGCGGAUCCAAGAUCUCGGAGAUCCGCCGUCUAUCUGGAUCGCGUAUUUCCAUUGCCAAGACGCCUCAUGACGAGUCCGGCGAGCGUAUGUUUACGAUUGUAGGCACUACUGAAUCAAAUGAGAAGGCGUUGUAUUUGUUAUAUGGACAACUCGAGGUGGAGAAAGACAAGCGACUGAACAUGGGCGGUGGCGAUCAUUUGGAGGAUGAUGAGGAGUGAUUGUGUACCGGCGAAAAAGAGAAACUACUAGCUCCAAUCGCCCUGCUGUUCAAUUGUUCAACUCCCUCGAAAUGAUUUUUUGUUUUGUCAUUCCGAUUUUUGUCAUUUUUUUUUAUUAUUAUUUUUUCUCAUGCACAAUGUCAUUUUUUUUUUCCUUUCAUACUUUCAAUUUUGUGUUCUGGCAAUGAUAACUGGAUUUUCUUUCCCUCCUGGUUCCUUUUCGUCAAUACUUCCGAUAUAGCAAUCCUUCUUACUCUACGACAUUCGACAAUUGUAGUCCAUAAAA